GGUAAGGUCACAAGAUCACAUGAUCAUAAUCCACGAACUGGCUAAAUCGUGUCAUACUGCAAUCAACGCAACUUAUCGCGCCUAGUCCCCUCUUUUACCCCAUAGCCUUAAACUCACUCCAUAGCCGUAAAUUGUACAGGCGCAAUGGAGGACUCAAAGCUCGCGGAGCUGCUCACAAAGGCCUGUCCCCGACCAUCUUUCCUUGCUACCACGGACGGGGGGCCAUGCCUCGCCCUAUCGGUGCACGUGCUGAUGGUAGAGGCGGGCUUUGUGCUACUGACCUCGGAGGCCAACACCAGCUCCCGCAAUUCCAAGCCUGACAGCAAGUAUAUGCCCCAGAAGGACUGGAACGGCCUGUACCUGGACCAGUGGAUCUUCGAGUACACUAAACCAGGCAAAGCGCGGAAGUUCACGGUGCAUCUGAGUCUACAAGCCGCGAGCAAACGCAUGUUCAUCCACUGCUCGGAGGAGGCAAACCCGGCUAACACGUGUGUUCUGGGGCUGCAGCUGGACAACUACGUGCCGGAGCCCGCCCGCCUCAAGACCAACAGCUGGGAGGGCGCAGUGCUGAACGCCGGCAAGAUGAAGGGGCUACUCACUGAGUACAUCAUCACACCACUGCUGCAGAACGCGGAGGACCAGCACAUGCCGCCGGAGGAGGAGCAAGAGGCGCAGGCGGCCGCGGCGGCCGGAGCGGGUCGCGGUGGCAUGGUCGGCGGCGGCUGGGCUGGCUGGCUCACAAACAACCAGGCGUAUGUGGUUGCUGGAGUGGCAGCGGCGGCGGUAGCGGUGCUGGUGGUGGCGCACCGGUCGAGCGCCCUGUCACGGCGGUAACUUUUGAUGGGGUGCGCACGUGGAGUCCCGGCACUCAUGGAGGCGAAUGGCUGACAGUAGAGUGAGCGAGAAUGAAUUGCCGUCAUUUCGACUGAGGAAUGGGGGGGGGGAGGAUAGUGCAUUUGAGCAUUUCGAAGACAGAGACUCAGCGACCAAACCGCCAGGUUGGCGUUGUUCCCAUACAUCCCCCCGAUUUCGGUCGGGAGCUGAGACUAUGGCUAGUAGCUGAGAUGUUAAGUUGAACAGGAGUAGAUCCUUGACGAUUUAACGCUUGAUUGGUUGCGAGCGCCGAAACCUUAGUCUCACGACUGAGUCGUGGUACGCUUGUGCCCCAACUGUAUGGUUGAUGAGGGCGGGCUAUAGAAGGCUAGCGUCCAGCACCGAUGGGUCCUAGCGACUCGCAUAAGGUGGGCGUACAGGUUCGAACCGCGGGGCGUGCAUUGUGUUGCGGGCGUUUGAAGAUGGUGGUGAUUGAUGACUGGCUAGCAAUAUGAGCUUGAUGAGGCAGAAGGUGUUGGUGUAGGGCAUUGAUUACGAGUGGUUCCCCGCUGUCACAAAGCAUGAUAUCUCCAAGGACGAACAAGCACCAGCUGGGCUGGCUGCAACUGUAACAUACAUUGCAUGAGUGACGUUGACUGGCAGGGCACUGAUCCAGGGUAGCAAGUCGUUGCAUCACUGCAUGGACCGACUAUGCGCCCAUGUAU